AUGGAAUCGCCUCCUGUAACGCCGGAGGAGUCGCACAUCGUCGCUCACCGAUCCUCCUCCUUCACCGCGCUGCGAUCGCUCAACAAGACGCAGAAGGCGCAACGUCUCUCCGCGUCGAACGCGUCGCCCGCACCCACCAGGUCCUCCUCCAUGAAUAACGACAAACGAAGCCUGCCAGGGAGGAGGAAAGCAAUGAUGGUUCUCUUCCUGGCUGCCGUCUCGAUCUCCACCAUUUUCGUCGUCAAGGAUCUCAGAUUCUCCGGCCAGUCGCAACAACCAAAAGUGGACGGCACGAAGAGGGUCGGUGUGCUGGAUGACGCAGGUCCUCUAAUGACCGUGGAUUCGCCAUCGCCUGCACAAACGGACGGCGGAGAUUCCUUUCCAGAGACUGGGGGGACGAAUUCAGAAUCUGGUCUUGAGAGAUUGCCAUCCGCCACCGAACAGUCACGUGUGUUGACGGAUGGCAGUCAGAGCGAGCAGGUGCCUGCUUUUCACGCUUCGGUUCAGAACGGUGUUGGCCAUUCUCCGCCUGCGGGAGACGGGGAAGGGGACGGCGAGAACGGUUUGGAGGCGCAGGAUGCGGCGAAGGAGGAGGGGGUUGAGAUCGAGACGGAGGCUAGAAUCAACCCUUUGGAUCCUGUGCUCCCCCCGUCGCAUCCCUGCGCCAACUUCACCCUCCCACCGCCUUCCACCGACAGGAAGCGCACUGGACCCAGACCCUGCCCCGUGUGCUACCUACCGUUACCUGACGCCAUGGCCAUGCGCCCCACACGGGGGCACACAGAGGAGCCAAUUCUGAAGCACCUGGCGUAUGUCACAGAGGACGACGCCAGUGAGCGCGCUGCCAGGCGCGCGGGCAACCGGCCGCGGUUCAACGGGCACCAGUCGCUGCAGCAGCGGGAGGACUCGUUCAAGAUUCAGGAGAGCAUGCGCGUGCACUGCGGCUUCGUGUGGGGCGGCAAAGUGGGCAACGGCACGGGCUUUGAUGUGUCGGAUGAUGACAGGCGGUUCAUGGAGCGGUGCUAUGACAUUGUGGUCGUCUCUGCCAUCUUUGGCGCCUAUGAUGUGGUACAACAACCAAGCAACAUCAGCGAGGAGGCGAGGCAGCAACUGUGCUUCGUGAUGUUUGUGGAUGAGACGACCUUCAACGAGUUCAUCCGCGAUGGCACUCUUAAGCAGCCGCGCACCCGGAGAGUGGGGCUGUGGCGCCUCGUGGUCGUGCAUAAUCCACCAUACAGAGACCCCAGGCGGACCGGCAAGAUCCCCAAGCUGCUCAUCCAUCGCCUCUUCCCCAACGUGCAGUUCUCCAUGUGGGUGGAUGCAAAGCUGCAGCUCGUGCAAGACCCCUACAUGAUCCUUGAGAGGUUCCUGUGGCGCGGCAACUUCUCCUGGGCCAUAUCGAAGCACUACAAGCGGUUUGACGUGUUUGUGGAGGCGGAGGCCAACAAGGCGGCGGGGAAGUAUCGCAACGCGAGCAUCGACGAGCAGAUGGAGGCGUACCGGAGUGACGGCAUGACUCCCUUCUCAGAGGACAAGAUGCCCAUCAUCAGUGACGUCCCUGAGGGGUGUGUGAUAAUGCGCGAGCACACGGCUCUCAGCAACCUCAUGGCGUGCCUCUGGUUCAAUGAGGUGGAUCGAUUUACGUCCCGCGACCAGCUCAGCUUUGGGUACACACGCGACAAGAUCUGCCGCAGCGUGCCCGCCUGGCGCCUCAACAUGUUCCUCGACUGCGAGCGCCGCAACUUCGUGGUUCAGGGAUAUCACAAGGACGUGCUAUUUCAGAAGCUCAAUGGCUCCUCCACCACUCCUGCUCUCGCUCUCCCCACCGCCUCAGCCACACCUACUUCAACAGCUGCUGCUGCUGCUGCUGCUGCUGCUGCUGCUGACAAUGCUGGUGCUGGUGCCGCUGGCACUAGUGGCUCCUUUUCUGCUGCAUCUGGUGCUGCGACUGACUCUGACCCUAAUCCUGCUUUUGCUGGUGCUUCUGCCAGUGCUGGUGUGUUUUUUAGAGUGCGGCAGCGGGAGGAAGGUCGUAGAGCUGAGACUUUCGGCUUGAGGAGCUGGAGUUAA